CCAAACUACCUUUGGUUUUUUUACACCUUUCAUUUAUUAAUGAUCAGACUCCCUCCUCCUUGACCUUCAUCAACUUCUCUCCAAAGCCACUCCACCAAACACAUCAUAUUCAGAAAUCCAAACAACCCCCUAUCAAUCUCUUCUUAACAGUUAAGAGUUUCCAAUGAAGGGCCUUAACAUGUUGCGAGGACUAACAGUUUUUGUUGUAAUUGUUGCCAUUUCAGCCCCUACCAAUGCACAAAAUCGAAGGAAGCUCGACGAGAACACCUUGCCUGUACCACCUGGUUCAGUGAACAACUGUGGAAGCUGCUCAUCUUGCACUAACGCAUGCAACCAACUCCCUCCACCACCACCUCCUUCUCCUAAGAAGCAUACAAGCAAACACUGCCCUCCACUACCACCACCACCACCACCGUCGUCGCUCAUUUACAUACCCGGUCCACCAGGGAACCUAUAUCCCGUUCAGCGAUAUUUUUCGGGCACUGGCCGCAGUUUUGCCGUUGGGUUGCCACUUUGGAUUGGUAUUGGAUUGCUGGGACAGCUAGCUCUGUGGUGAAUUUUCUCUUCGACCAAGGAAGAACUUAGAAUAUGAUUAUGGUGAUCUUCCAAUUCCAAAGACAAGAAAUGCUUGUGGGACAAUAAUUGUAGUAAUCCUUGGUUUAGUACUAGAUAGCUUCAUCUCAAUCCUCAAGCAUUCAAUAUUUUCAAUAACUUCUUUUUAUUCUGUGUGUGUGGAUUUUGAUUAGUAUGUGCUUAUCUGAUCCUGAUGAAUGACUGUUCUCUUCUUCUCCAAAGGCCUUUUCCUACCUGUUGUCUCUUAGUAUGAUUAAUAGAUGGAAAAUUGGG